CGGAAACCAUGUGACUGGUCCUUUAUACGCGUGUCCUGCUGUAGGAAUGACUUCCCUUCCUUAGUGUUUACUUUUUAUUUCAGUUUAAAUAUUUCAUCCUAUUGUUUUAAACAUGUCCGGAAAUCCAGAGCUGAAGAUUAACCAAGAGUUCGCGCAAAAAUACGAGAAAUACCGACAGAAGGAAGAGCUCCAGAAGCUGAAGGCUCGAUUCGGAGAGCGAACUGUUGACAGUGGUUCUGGUUCUUCUGAGUCCAGCUCGGAUGACAGUGAAGUGGAGCUCGACCCUGCGCUGGAAAGAGACUUUUACAGAACACUGUCCCUGCUGAAGAAGAAAGAUCCCCGGAUCUACGAGAAAGAUGCCAGGUUCUACUCUGAAGGUGAGCCCUCCAGUGAGGAGAAACCCUCAACGUCCAAGAAACCAGUGAAACCCAUGUACCUGAAGGACUACGAGCGUACAGUUAUAUUGGAACGGGAGGGAAAAUACGAAGAUGACGAAGACAGUGAUGAUGAAGAGGCUGCGGAGCAGAGAGAGAGGGCUGCGUCUCCCAGCUACAUUCAGGAGCAGCAGCAGCUGAAAGAAAGCUUCAGGAAGUUCAUCCAGGACAGUGAGGCCGAGGGUGAGGGCAGUGACCAGGAGGGGGGCUCCCAGCUGCUGACCAGGAGGAUCAAAACACAGGAGGAGAAGGACAGAGAGGAGGCCGACUACCUGGACUGGCUGAAAGGCCAGACUGACCUCCAGGCUCAGGGAGGGGUGACGGACAUGAAAUAUCUGAGGGACUUCUGGAACGACCCGCAGCUGGAUGAGAAGGAACGUUUCCUGAGAGACUACGUCCUCAACAAGGGCUACCUGGAUGAAGAGGCGGACGACCAGACACGAAUUCCAACCUACGCCGAGGUGGUGCAGGAAGAUGUGGAGGACUCCGAGGGGGAGGGGGAGUCUUUCCUGGAACGGCAGCAGGACUUUGAGCGGAACUUCAACUUUCGCUUUGAGGAACCCGACGGGGAGCAGAUCAAAACGUACCCUCGCAACAUCGCCACGUCUGUGCGCUCCAAGGACGAGCGCAGAAGACGCAAAAGGGAGGAAGUGAAGGAGAGGAAGCAGAAGGAGAAAGAGCAGAAGCAGGAGCAGCUGAAGCAGCUGAAGAACCUGAAGCGCGGUGAGAUCAUGGAGAAGCUGAAGAAGCUCCAGGAGCUGACUGGAAACACGGAGCUGGCCUUCAGCCAGGCGGACCUGGACUCCGACUUUGACCCACAACAACACGAGCAGCUCAUGAAGAACAUUUUUGGUGAUGAUUAUUAUGGAGAAGACGAAGAGGAAAAGCCUCAGUUUGAGGAUGAUGAAGACAACUGGAACUGGGACACAUGGACUGGAGAGGAGCAGGAGGAGAACCAUGGUGGAGGAGGAGGUGAAGCCCACUGUGAUGAUGAAGACUUCAACAUGGACGCGGACUACGACCCCAGUCAGCAGACCUCCUCCAAGAAGCAGAAGAAGAAGAUGAGGAAGAUGAUGAAGAAAGAGGAUCUGCCCCAAAUGGGCAAAAAGAAGAAAAAGUCCCACUUUGCUGAGGUCAUCACCAAAAACAAGCCUGUUUUUGACCCUCAGGAGAGAAGCUUCGACCAGUACCUGGAUGAGUACUACAAGCUGGACUACGAGGACAUCAUUGAUGACCUUCCCUGCAGGUUUAAGUACAGACAGGUCGUUGCCAACGACUUUGGUCUGUCCACAGAUGAGAUUUUAGGUGCAGAUGACAAAGAGUUGAACCGCUGGUGUUCUCUGAAGAAGACCUGCAUGUUCAGGUCUGAAAAGGAAGAGAGAAGUGAUGUGAAAAACUAUCAGAUCAAAGCCCAGAACGACAGGAAGAAGAGAGAGAUCCUCGGCUCCGUCUACUCUGGGCCAGAUGAAGAGCCGGGCGACUCCAAGAACCACGUCGGCAAGAAGAAGAGAGAUGGUCAGAAGGAUGCUGAGAAACGAGGAGGAGCUGGAGGCGAGGACGGAGCUGCUGCCACGCACUCGUCAGAUGAGGCUCUUAAAGAGGCGGGAGACGAGGAGGAAGAGGAGUUUCUUAUCCCCAAGAAAAGACUGAAACGGGAGUCGGACCAACGGCAGCAGGCGCCCCCUGGCGAAGCAGCAGGAAAAGCAGACCGAGUGGAAACCAGGACGGAGAAACCAAACUGGUCCAAGAAGAAGCAGAGGAGGUCAGGGGGACGCCUCCUGUCAGGACUGAUGGGGGUGACGAUAGGGGGGAGGGAGUUCAGCAGACAGCGACUGAAGGCCUACGGUCUGAACCCUAAGAGACUCUACUUCAGACAGAAAGGCAGAGAGAGACGGAAGACACGGGAAAAAGAGGAAAAGCGUAAAAAACAGGAGUGAAGAAUGAGUUUGAUUUUUGUCUCCAAUAAAAACUGAAACAGAUGUUGUUGUUUUGUACUGUGUACA